AUAUAGGCAAUAUUGCGAUAUCAUUACGAUCAUCGAUGGACCUUGAGGAAGAGCGUGCUACAUGCAUAGCCAGAAACGAAGCUAAGUUAGCAGAGCUUGGUCUUUUGCAUUCACCUCCCCAGUCCAACAAAAUUACAAGCACUGGAUUGAAAUCCCGCCGACUUCGUAGAAGGAUCGACCAAGCAGUGCAGCCGGCGGUCGACCUUGUCCGCCCUUCAUCACGGCACAGUAGGAGAGAGGUCACAGCCAUUACAGGAUCUGAUACCACUGAAGAGUCCGAGGAAUACUGUGAAUUGGAAUCAGCACAUGAGCGCAUGGAGGCUAUUCAGAACGUUCCUGAACCUAGUCCAGGUGACCUUCCUGGCCUUCAAGGCAUUCCAGUGGAGGUUCGGGAUAUGGCUGCAAAAAUAGGCUUCGAAAUCGGCUGUAGGCCGUUCCAGCUGUUCUAUACAGCAUAUGAUAAAUGGAAGUCGGAUUUCAAGCCGGCUUUUAACAGUCCAGGAUCAGCCAAGGCUACCAUUGACAUGUUCAGCACCUCUACGAAAUGGGCUUCAGGCAGAGAGACCUUCUUGACCAGCAGCAGGUCAACAGGGUGAGCCUCGAAACGUUCAAGGAGAGUGUCAAGCCCAAGAUGGUACAAGUGGUGCCACCAAACUUCAUCAAUAGGCUUGAGGCAGCCUUUGAGGCGGUUGCCAACCCAAACCCCCGGAAGAGGAAGAACAGCUGGGAUAGCCACGAAGGAGAUGGGGACGAUGGUGAAUGUGAUGGCACCAAGGAUGCAUCAGGAAGUAGGCUUCACAGGACCGAAAAGGAGAUUGAGGACUUUAUGGUUACACUGGGUGGGCGAGACAGAACCGUGGCUGGCUUCCACUUGGACUCAGAAGCAACCGACCAUGACAUACACGCACAUGUCCGGAAGUCCCUGGUUGAGAGAUGGAACAACCGCAAGAAGUGGAUUGGAAAUCUACAGCAGCAGGCCAAUGUGGAGGAUGCUUUGAGAUUCAACUCCUUUGGAGCUGACAAAGAGGAGUUUGAGAAGUACCAGUCUUCACAGUCGCACCUGCAAUACUUGCAGAAGAGCUUAGGGCCUCUAAACAAUGAAGAUGACAAGUUCGUCUUCAUUGUUGAGGGCAAGGACAGUCCUGUGCUCUUAGCUGGCGGUGUGGUCUUUGGCAGUCUUCCGCCUCACAACAUACAAUUAAUGAAAACAAAGGUGUCCGUUUUCAUUCUGCACAGGGUGAACAACAGCAAGAAGACCUCCAUGGUAUUGCCCAGUGGUACCAUUAAGGUUGGCAAGGAGCUAAAGAAGCACAUGGUUGUAGAGCUUCCAGUGCAGAGCCUACUUAGCGCUUGGCAGAUUCAACAAGCAGCAGUACAAGCUUCUAUCCCCAAUGAUGGCAAAUAGAUGCUGAUGGCAUGAAUAUUGAAGUCAGACAGCUUUCCAAAAAAAAGAGAAUGUGUGAUUUAACAGUGGACAGGGAUCAUGUAAAAGCUCAUAACAU